AUGGCAAGAUCAGGCGGCUCGCUAUCUGGGUUGUGCUACAGCGAAAACUUUCCACUUGAUGAAAACUUGUUUCAACCUUGCUUCUGCUUCGAUGACAGGACGUUGUUUCGAGACCUCAAGUCGUCAUGUUGCGAUGACGUUAUGAUCUAUGGAAGUACACGGGGUUCCUCAAAAGAGUUCGUCUGUUUCGACGUGAUACAGCAGCCCUCGCACACAAGGGAUGUGGUGUCAGAAUUUUCAGCUCAUGAUGCUGUGGACGGCGAUAAAAGUCUGGUCACGGGUGGGCUGAUGUAUUCUUCCCUUUACAGCCAUCACAGCUCUCCCCAGUACUUCACAAAGUUCGCCAACCUGUCGGAAUCCCUGGACCUCCUACAGAAGCUGCAGUUUCCCUCCCACCUCCCCGACCGACGCCUUCCGCAAGCCAUCCACCAUCAUCCCCGCGCUGAAUUCCCUCCGAAAGACUCUCACACCCACCCGAGGAAAGAGCACAAGAAGCCCCCCUCGCCGGAUCGCUUCGCGUCGCACAAGGAGGUCAAGCUAGUCGCCCCGAGGUCGUUGAUAUCCGACGAUCGGCUCCUGCUCGAGGUCUCGCUUCGCAGAGCAAGCUUGUCUCCGUCCCAUGAAUGUACGGCACUCCUGAUGCAUGACGAUCGUUUCCUCUCACCCUGGUCGGCAGGGGUACCGGAUGACGUCUGUCCUCCAAACUGCACCUGUGAUAUCUGCGAGAGGAAGGACGCGGUCUGCAGCUUUCAUCGGGCGGAUUUCAAGGCCGAGAACGAAACCGUCCUCAUGGCGAUGGUGGCGAAGGAGGAAGGGGGGGAGAAGGAAGGAGAGCAAGAGGGGCCAGACGGCGAGGGGGGGGAAGGGAAGGAGGGAAGCAUCUACACCGGAGGCCUCAGCAGCGUGUCGAUGGCCAACUUCAAGAUCGACGGGAAACCAGUGUCCAUGGUGUUCGAGACUCAAAACAUCUCCCAUGGCGAGACGGCCCUUGUGGUAGGAGGAGCUAGCCCCUUCCCUCUCAUCAAGGGAGUAGACAAGUCGUCCAACGCAAUCGUGAGCAGAAAGAAAGCCGUCUACUUCGAGCAGAACAGAAAGGGAAAGAAGAUCGAGAAGGAGAAGCAGUUCCUUCAGGGUCUGCCGGACGAUCAGCGAAAGCAAAUGGAGGAGGAGCGGAAUACUGCGAUGAUGGAUGCUCGAUCACAAGGAUAUCAGGGGACGGGGUGUGAGGGAGGGGCAUUGUAUCAGGUGUUCUGUGCGGAGAACAACGUCAUCGAGAAGAAGAUUAAGAAGCAGAAGAAAGAGUCUGAGAGGAAGAAGAGGAGAUACCAUGAGAAGAUUUACAAGCAGCUGCUCGACAAGGAAACGAGGAAGCUGGAGGCUCGCCAGAGGCUGAAGGAGCGGCGAGCCAACAAGGGGAAGAAAAAGUCGAAAACGUUGAGCAAGAUUCGCAAGACGUCAUCCGGGGGAACACGACGAGCAAGGAGGACAGGUGGGUAG